AUGCACGUGCACCUCGUCUUGGUGCUUACGGCGGUCUGUAUUUCACGCAGUGAUGCAGUCUUCAGCAGCUCCGAUCACCUGAAACAGGCAAAGAUGGCUUUACCCGACGCUACGUCGUGGACUCGCAGCUUCGUCGGGAACGAUGAGCGUAAAAGAAAACUAAGAGCGCGCAACACAAGAAAAAUAAAAACGGAAGAGGAUGACACCAUUGACAGUGGAGACGAGAGGACGAUUUCUCUGAAGGAAACUUUCGGCAUACUUCGAGACGCUGCACUUAAAGCACAACUCAAGACGCAAUUACAGUUAUGGCUAGCCCUCGGGCGCAAGCCAGAUCAGGUGUGGGAAAUGCUGCAACGGACGGGCAAACUGGAUGAGUACUACAGGCAGUAUACCAAGUACUUUUAUGAGUACUUUAUCAAGUAUUUGGACGAGCCGAUGUCGCACGUCCCUCCACAAACUGUCAAAAAUAUCUGGGAGGCGAGGCUGCAUGCUUGGCUACAAACCGACUCCCCUCAACUAGUUUUUGUGAAGCUCGGACUAACUGGAACACCUGAGUCGGCCAAUGGCCAGAAGAAUUUUGAUAUCUUCGAAGAGUUCUACAAGAGGUGGACGAAGAAGCAGAUAAAAGAGUCGACAGUGCCGAAGCUGGAUGUUGUUUUAUGA